AUGAGCGACAUUGAAUAUCUCAAGAGUCUCGACGCAGUUCGCGAGAGAGCGCAUCUUGUCCUGGGCGCGGCGGAAAAGAACGAACUUUUGCACUUUGCCUACGAUGCUUCGAAGAUGAGUGAUGUUGCUGAUUUCGUGGAGGGUGUUAUCUCGCGCGACUUUGGCCCCAGCGCCUACGACCAGAUCCCGCCUCACGGCCGCUGGCAACACUUUGAAGUGGGCGACGUCCCCCGCAUCACUCAGCUGAUCUCACGCUGGGAGGGCCAAGGCUGGGAUCCCUUGGAAGUGACGCGUCGUCUGAUCGAUCUGUUCUUUGUGGCGGUUCUGCUGGAUGCGGGCGCGGGCGAUGUGUGGAAGUUUACGGAGCGUGCGCUGGGAGGGACGGGGCUGGGUACCGGGCGGGGCCAGGCGUAUGGUCGGAGUGAGGGGAUUGCGGUUGCGGCGUUGUAUAUGUUUCGGGCGGGGGCGUUUGCGAGUCGUGUGGGGGCAGAUGCGGGCGAUGUGGGGGGUGAGGUUGUGGAUGGUCAUGCAUUGAUGGCUCUCGACACUGCCAUAUUCGAGAAACACUUUCAAAUCACACGAGAGAAUCUUCUCGUUGGAGCUGCAUCUCGAGUCGAGCUGUUGAAGAGAGUGGGGAAAUCGCUUCUUGACCAUCCCGAAUAUUUCGGUCAAUAUGGUAGACCGGGUCACCUCGUCGAUUACCUCGUCCAACAAGCCGGCCCAGAAAAACAGCUCGACUUCACCAUGCUCUGGGGAAUCCUCCAGGAAACCCUUCUCCCAGCGUGGCCCAGCAACCGCACCCGUAUCGCAAACGUCCCCAUCGGAGACGCCUGGCCCCUCCAGAUCCUUUCCAAGAUCAACCCCAGCUCGACCUCUGCGUCCCAAACGCAGCACAUCGCUCCCUUCCAUAAACUCACCCAAUGGCUCGCCUACUCCCUCACAGUCCCCUUCAUGCGCGUCCUCGGCAUGCACUGGAAGAAUCUCGAAAAGGGCACCGGAUUGCCAGAGUACCGCAACGGGGGCCUCUUCGUCGACCUGGGUGUCCUUUCAUUAAAGGCCGAAGCGUUGAAGACGGGCCUGGCGUCCUCGGGAAGUGAUCUUCCGAGCUUCGAGGCCACGAGCGAUGUGAUUGUCGAAUGGAGGGCAAUGACAGUCGCGCUAUUGGAUAAAUUACACGGGUUGAUUGGGGAGAGGUUUGCGAAGCAGGGCGUGACAUUGAGUAUGCCGCAGAUGUUGGAGGCGGGAUCGUGGAAGGCAGGUCGUGAGUUGGCGGCCAAGUUUAGGCCGGAGACAAAGUCAAGUCCGAUUUUGAUUGACGGAGACGGAACUUUGUUCUGA